GUUUCCUGUGCAGCUCAGAAAUCCCCCCUUUGGUUGUCAUAAAGGUGCCAAAAUUUCCAAGAGUUCAUGUAUAUAAAGCAGCCAGCCCAAAGCUGGGGCAUGGCAACCCAUCAGAAUGGUUCACAAGCUUCUUCUCUGCCGGCUGAACAAGUUCUCUCUGUCCACAUCAUCGUCGUCGUCGUCAUCUUCAUCAUCUCGCUGAGCGGCUCGGUCCAGUGCACCAUGACCAAGGUCUUUGUCACUGUGUCUUCACUGCUGGUGCUGCUGUGUGUCUGGGCAUCUCUGGGAGAAGCCAGUCUGCUGAAAUGCUGCACAAACUUCUCCCCACACCCUCUGCCCUUCCACCGGCUAAAAGACUUUACCGUGCAGGAUGCCACGACAACCUGCAGGCUGCACGCCAUCAUAUUUACCACAGUGAAAAACAGAAGGAUCUGCGCUAAUCCCAAGACGCUGUGGGUUAAACACGCCGUCGUUCACCUCCGUACCAAAGGAAAGGUACCUGAAUCAAACAACUGACCCCCUCUGAAGAUUCAUCACCACACAACGAACCUCUGAAGAUUCAUAAUCCCCUGACAUCUGACUCAAUGUAUUGAUUGAAUGUAUUUUUGCAAUAAAACAUUUUAUACACA